CUUCAGCGGAGUGUGGCCAACAGCACACGAAGCAAACCACCCUUACUUGUCGGAUUGCUGUCGAUACCACCCGUGUCCUCCUCCUCUGCUCCUCUCAUCCUCGAUAGCAAAUACAGCCCUCCAGCUACUGAUAUGAGCGUCGCACUACUGACACUUUGGUGCGGGUGGUCCCGGAUCCGAGACGAAUCUCUCUCAUGUUGGUGUCUCGGAUGCGGUGCGACUUAAGCCUGCGGCUCAGUACAGUAUAAUGCUCGAGCACAACUGUUCCCGACGACUGAUGUUCCCGACAAAUGACCACCGCAGGCAUGCUUGACGCACAAGCGCAUCCCCGCAUCCUCUCUGCUGUCCUCACGCACGCUGACCGCGGAGCACUUCUUGCCCUCCGCGGGGCGAGUAAGGAUCUGCGUGCCCGCGCAGAUGCGCUCCUCGUCGCUCAUGUCUGCAUGUACAUGGUCAAGGAGGACGCGAACACGAUCUGCGAACUCGUGACAGCGCCACACGGCCGCAUUCCAGCCUUCAUGCCCGCCGACGGUAUGUGCUGGCUCGAGCCCGUUGGGCCGCGCCCAGCGAGUGCGCAGGAGCAGCUGGAUCGCAUCCGAACCAACCUGGAGCACACACGCGUGCUCGACAUCGUCAUCGGUUGCCGCAGGAUUUGUUACGAGCCCCACACGGCUUACAAUCUCCUCCUGGGGCCGAUGAACCUCCAUACGCUGCGCCAGUUUCCCAAUAACGAUGGGUCCAUCUUCGCGGCCCCAGAAGUGCACGCCAAAAUAUCCGUGUUCUUUGUCGUGCCGCCACCGCUGGGUUUGAUCUGCACGAUGUGGAUGGAGCACGGGCGUCGCUGGCCUGUCACCACCCAUCUCCAAGGCGCUCAAGGUUCCGAGAAGACGGUCGUGCAUAUCCUGCACAACGAUGAUGUUGGUGCCGAACAUCUUUUCAUGUCAACGUCUUUGGGCGUGAAGCACACCGUCUGGGUGCUCAAUUCUUACCGAUCCUGGUUCCCUGCCUACCACCGCAGGCCCAGAUCGGUGAUCCUUCCCGACAACCACCGGUCCACAGCCCUCAAGGCUCAUGUUCGCGAGACACGGGGGAGUAGGCGCUUAAAUACGCAGUGGUUCCGGGGAACCACGCCACUCACUGAAUUCAUCAGCGAUUCUCUCGUGGGCGGCGGUGAAUGCACAGUGGUGAACUUGGGCGCACAUCUCACCAGCAUCGGCUUUGACCCAGAUAGCGACCCGCACGCAGUUGAGCUCGUCAUCCGCGAUCGCAUCCAGGCCUCUUGGCGCCGCUCGUACGACACGUCCAAACCCAAUGUUCCUCCUCUGCCGGAGCAGCGCGCGGCAGCUAUGACGCGCCUCGCUUUCCUCAGCCGCCAAGAAUAUGCGAAUACUCUCACUCCCCAUGAGGCACUGGACGAGGGUUUCGUCUCGUACGUACCGGGCGAGAGCGUGCGCCCACGUCACUUCCUCCCACGGCCCGCCAGGCGCGCACGAGCGAACUCCGCCCCGCUUCGUCCGUCGACCCCGCCCUCGCGCCACAUGUCUACAUUCGGCCCGCAGCGGGGGACGCUCGAACUCGCAAGCUACCCCCACAUCGCUGAUCUGCUCGUGGCGGUCGCAUCGUACCAGGCGCUCCUCUCUCUCCGUGGCGUGUGUCGCCUCUUCCGCGAAAAGGUGGAUGCCCGCUUCAUGCGCCACCUCAUCAUUGAUGAAACAACUGAGCGCGAUAAUCGAUGCAAGUUCAUCCCUGGUCCCAUCUCCUCCCCGCUCGGCCCUGUGCCCGCUCUGAGACCGCACUCCGACCUCGGAACUCGAGAGAGAUUCCCUAUUCCCAAGGGCCGAAAGCCGCCCGCCCCGGCCCUUGUAGAGCGCACCAAACGCCUCUUAUCUCUUACGCGCGUCCUCGACAUCUACCCUAACCAGUCCCACUUGGAAGAGACCAUGUGGAUCGCGCUUGACCUGCAGUGCGUGCGCACGUUCCGCACAUACCACGAACCUUACGUACCGUUUCCGGCGCGCACGCUCGUAUAUUACCACACCGCAGGGGCGGACGUGUCGUGCGACGAAAUGCACCGCCCCCGCAACCUCGUGCCGGAUCUGUGCAGCAAAGUGGUACACCACAUAUUUCCUCGGGCGGAAAGCGACGCGGAAAGCGAGUAUCGCAUCGUAGGCUUCGACAGGCUGUGGACACGUCUCGUCGGCGUGUCCACUGUCGUCGUCGUGUUCACGCCACACCACCCCGCCCUGACACGCGUCAAUUAUGGCAUGGAGCAUCCCUCCAUCGAAGACCGGCGCGCGUACCUCGUCCGGGAGCUUGCAAAGGCGCUGACGGACGCGGACGGGGAGGCAUUAGGGCGCAGCGUGACCCUCGUGAAUGCGCAUCUCAUCCCACACGCAUGGCUCGGCCUCCCGGACGACUGGGAUGUCGUUGACAUUCUCGCCGCUGAGGUGCGUAACCUCGUGUCUCCAGCGAGGGGCCACUUUCUGCGAUGCGUUACCGGGGAGGACUACGCUGCUGAGCUGAGCGCCGACGAGCUUGAGAUGGAGGGCACGAUUGAGGCGAUCCCCGGUGUGCGCCAUCGGCUCCUCCCUUAUCUGAAAAUCGCGGAGGGCGCAGAAGCUUACGCGGUUGUUAAAGCACUUUCGGUUUGGGAACCCACGUAUAGAGAGGCAGGGCGUGAGUGCGAAUAUUCGCCCAGCGAAAACGCCGAACUUUUCGAGCGCCUGCCGUUCAGCGUCCCCAUUGAGGAUGACGAGCAUGACGAGGAUGAGGCCGCGAUGCUUGAGCUCUUCGCCCAUGACUGAACAAGGCACGAUCUUGUACGCGGCCACUCGAUUUACAUUAUGUCACUGCGGAUUUCAAGGACGGGUUCCGUGUAAGCUGGUCAAAGAUAAUGGCAGCGUGGCUAUCGCGCUGGAUAUAUAUGUAGUCGUGGCAGGCAAUCAGUGUCUUUCGACCGUUGAACACGAC